CAUAUGUAUAUUUCGCGGUUUGGAAGGGGUUAAUAAGUGCGAAAACUGUCAUAUAAAGCAGAAGACAAGAAUAAAAAUAUAGACUGCUGGCAUAAACAUAUUAGUUGAAAUCAAUUCCUUUCAACAAGAUUAUAACUUCUCAGACUGUUAAAGUUAUGUAUCUUACACAUAAAAUUCAUGUGUGAAUUAUUAUUUAAAUGUGACAGGAACCAAUAAAUGAAAAUGGAAUAAUAACCGACUAUUUUAGAAGUGAUUAUUUUUGAUGUGCCAUUGAAGAAGUCUCAAUACAUCGAAGUACGUUUAAUUUAACUUCAAUAAAUCAUUUAAGACAACAAUUAUAAGAUUUGUUAAGAGCUAAAAAGUAAAAAGUCAACGUUUAAGUAUAAAUAUUGAAAUAUAAGUACAUAUAGUUGACUUAGUUUAAACUUUUAAAGGGAAACGGAAUGUAAAAUAAGAAGUUAUAAUUUUCAUUGAAAAAGAAAAGUAACUAUUGGAUUAUUAUCGAUUCAAUUUCAUGUUAUUUGAUAUUCAAAAAUUGAUAUUAUAUUUUUGUGAUAACAUGAAAGUGGAUAUAGCAGCGUGUCGGUUUUUCUGUGUUAUGUUUGUAUGUUACCUAAUGGCAGAACUAUGUGAAGGUCUGGGGGAGAAAAAACUAAACACUAGUGAGACAAGGCACUUAAAUAUCCACAACGUAACACUGAACAUGCUCAAUUUACCUUUGAACAUGAACAAAACAAAUAUGACACAUACCUCAAAGGAUAUACGAUAUGGAAAUGGAACGGUAAAAAAUAUGAACGAAGGGAAUUUUACGGUUACAGAAAAGCUAACCGAUAAUGUGCCUAAUAAACCUGAUGAAACGCCGUUACCUAUUCCAGUAAUGGUAGCAAGCCCUGCAGUUGCAGUCGGUAUCUUUAUCUUUAUUUGUGUGGCCUACAAAUGGCAUACCGUCCAACUAGACGCCCAAGCAAAGGAACUUGCCGUCCACAUUACAUCUGGGGAAUGCCCUGGCCCGUGCAUUCCGUGCUCGCCGUGUAACAACACGCAAAUAUUACUUCCACUGAGUCAUUCUGUGAACACGACUUCUCAAUUUCAUUCUGAUAGUGAUUUAUGUGGAGCUAGGAGAAAAAGCUUGCGGACUCCUUCUCCAAUACUGUUAGCACCUCCUGGACUAGGAAAUCAUGGAGGUUCUAGCUGGAGUGCUCUCUCUGACCAAGAAGUGAUAAGUCAUUCGCCUCGUCGACAUUCCACGUUUUUGCUUUAAAUGUUUAUCUAUAAGCGCAUUUCAUUUCAUGUGAUAUGUUUGAGAAAUUUAGUAUCUUCAAAAAUAAUGCCAAUGCACCGUUUUGAGAUUGUAUAAAUUUUCAUUUCAAUAUUUGCUGUUAUUGGAUUCUGUGUCUGCAAUGGUUUAUAUUUGACAAUAGAUUGAAUUGAUAAACCUUUGUUGUAUAAGAUGGACCAAAUAAGUUUCUUGAUAUGUAUCAAUAUUUUAAUGCUAUACAUUUGUAAUGACUAUUGUAUCAGCUCACUCCAUUCCUAC